AUUCACAUCGCUAACUUUUCCUAUCUUGCGAAGUCCAGCCAGCUACGAGCUGAACUCGAAGAUUUUUACGGAGGGCUCACUCUUACUUGUGCGCAGUUAGUAGACAACGAACCUCGCAGCCUAGGAUUCGUCUACAACAUCGACUAUCUCUGUAAUGAUAAUGUUUUCGAGAGAUAUAAACCAUUUAUGAACUACGAUCAAUAUGAGCGGCUAGAUAACAGCACAGAACUUCCAUUCAAAAUGAGUAGUGCAAAUCUUAAGAUGGAUGUGGCUUGGGACGAUUGGUCUUGUUGCUCGGCUUGCUGCUGUUCAGUAGCUUUGUGUGGCUUAUACGCUAAUGAAAAGAAAUGCCACGAAAUCGAUUCAUAUAGAACCAGAAGAGGUCUAUUGUCAGUAUUUUUGCUAGAUCCACAAAAGAAGGUCAAAAUUAGAAACAAAACCGUUUCUGCCGAACUUAACCAACUGCUUCGUAUUUCACCAUAUCGCGAAAAAGGCAUAGCCAUCUAUUCAUCAUUUAUGCUGCGUCAACCUCGUUUUAAGACUCACCUUUUCGAUGAAUAUCUAAAAGAUCCAGUGACAUACUUUCUUUCAAAGCGUGGACAUGAUUUUGACGAUUACGCUGGAGUGGGCAUGUUUUAUGAAGAGCAGGACUGUAGUGGAAUGGAACAGAAACUGAAUUGUUCAGUGUUGGCUGCUUGUCGAGGCGAAAUCGUUGAGGAGGUUAGAUUUGCGAGAUAUUCGUCGAACAUCUUUGGGACUUGA